AUGGAUAGGGGCUUGCCAGAAACGGAUCUGGGGAUGGAUCUUAUUGAACAGUGGGAUUGGCAGCGGUUUAGGGAGGCUGAGAGUAUGGAGUUGGAGGAUGAAGAGGAUAGUGCGAUGCAGACGCAAACGAGCAUUGAGAAUGGGGCAAAGGUCAAGGAGACGACAAAAGAUGUUGGUCGGAUGGUAGAAGCUGGUGAGGUGGAUCCGAGAGGAUCACAGAAUUUACUUUUACCACAGUGUGAUGGGCCGGCUGAUGACGAGGAUGUGAUUGAGGAAAAUGGAUCGGUAUCAAAAAUUGGCAUUGAAGAUAUGGAUGUAGAAUCGCGUCAAGCGAUUUUGCUACAGUGCGAUGGCCAGGCUGUAUCCAUAUCGAAAAUCGGGGGCGGAGAUGUCGAUGUGAGUUCUCGACGUGAUGAUACAGCAGCCUCAGAUAUACCCACGGAGGAAGGGUUGGACAAAAACGCUCCCGUGGCCCAAAAGCAAAAAAUGGUUAUGGAAGACGUCAAGUCGUACAAGGAAGAAAGUGGAGCAAUUUCGGAAAAAUACAAUGAUACGGCAGAUGGGCAAGAAGACCAAGAGAUGAAUCUAGCUGGUGAUAAAAGCAUUCCCGAUUUUCCUGAGGAGGAGAUUGGCGAUCAAGAAUUGGUCAAAGUUGAUGAACCAGCUUUACUCGAGGAAACUCGUAAGAAUACUUUAAAGACAAUCACAACAACUACUGAAAUGACAAUUGACUCUAGUCUCAUCGCGGAUGCUGAUCCUUUUGGAGGAAAAAUCUAUUUUGAGAAACAAAUCCACGACAAGUCAGAUGAUAAGAUCAAGGAUUCGGGAUUAGACAGCGAGAAUCCCGUGUCAGAGAGGGGCAACGACAUCUCGAACUCGGAAAAAGCUGUCACCGAGAUAGGAGCUGGGUUAGUAAUUGAUAAAUUUAUCGAUGAAGAGACCAAUCAGAUCGGAAAAAUUUGCGACCAUGUUCCAACUUCGAACACCACGUAUUCCGAAACGAUUGUUGAGACUGAAAGGAUUGUUAACAAAGAUGCAAAUUCUGGGAACGAAGAUCAUGGUGCUGAAAGCAUUACCAGCGGGUUCCUGAGUAAUGAAGAUUUAAGGGACCUUGAAGGGAAGCCGAGCUCAAUAUCUAUUCUGGAACAAUCACCUGUUGAAUUCGCGCCCGGAGACGAUUUUUUGGAAGGAGCCCCGUCAAUAGAUGAGAAUAUUACGAAUUCCACGAAUACGGGAAAUGUGUCAAAUCCCUCUCAUAUUCAAGAUCUCAGAAUCACUAAUCAACUACCCGUGGAUGAUGACAGCUUGAACGAUGUUGAAUUGCCUUCACUUUCCAGGUUGGAAGCUCCAGUGCAGCCAAGCCAGGUAGAAAUUCCGGAUAGCGAUGCGAUCACAGAAUCAAGUCAACAAUCUCCGCAAAAACUCAGUCAUAAUAGAAACACAUUCGAUAGCUCGGUGAAAUACGGAAAGAAUGUGGAAAUGGCCACAGGAGUCGAUGCUGUCGGAGAAGAAAAUGAGGAUCUGGAGGCCGAAGAUGCUAUGAGCUCGUUUGGGAGAGAAUGUGCUACAAGUUCCAUCGACCCAAAGAAAAAUCUCAAAGAGCUAGAAACAAUGGAAUCCGAAACUUCACAGAAUGGAAUAGAUGAUUUUGAAGAGAUUCGAGAGCCGGCUGAGCGUGCGCUGAUUGGUUCUGCCGGGAAAGUGGAGGAAGAUUCUAGAGCCGACGAAGAUAAUACAGAUAUUCAGCUGUCUACUACUCAGAUAUCACCGCAAAAACCAACAAAUAAGAGGGGUCGACCACCAGGAAUCAGAAGAUCUAAAAUGGCCAACAGUCAAGCUGACGAAGAAAAUAUUGAAAGCAAAGCAAUGCUUGUCGAAGUUGGCCCAGAUAAGUCAAUGGGUAUGGAGGACGAGGAAGACUCAAGCGUACGAAGUCCCGUGGCCGAGAGGAAGAAACGAGGCAGACCAUCUACCAGGAAGAUUUCUACAUUAUCUGUCGAUGAGCAUAUUGACAAACUAGAUGACGCAAUGGAGCAUAUAGCUCCCACAGAUGCCACAGCAGAUGAUUCCUCUCCAAAUAGCCCCGUACCUGAGAAGAGGAACCCAGGACGAUCAUCUAGCAGAAAGGUAUCCUUGUUAUCUGCUGAUGAGCUUGCCAUGGAAGAGGAUAAAGCAGCUGUGGAUCCACCAAAAAGACACGAAACCACUCUUACCAACAAAUCGGCUGAGGCACAUUCAUCUCCGAGAAAACUCCCAGCAGACAAGGUAUAUCCAAGUAGCCUUACACCCGAAAAGAGAAAGCGCGGAAGGCCAUCCGGGAGAAAAAAUUCCACGUUGUCUACUGUUACAAAUGAUGAUGAAGAUCUUGAGAGGGAGAAGGUUUUGAUGGAUGGGAAUACUAUAAAUUCGAACGUCUGUUGCAAAUCAAGAGAUGAGCCAACUGGAAACAAUCCUAUUCAUUCCAUGCAAGAGAUGAAGAGAAAAUGGAGAUCGGCGGGUAGAAACCCUUCAAAUUUGAUUCUUGAGGAGAACUAUUCCGAGGGACCAGACGGAGAAUUGGAUGAGUUAGAUGGCGUAACAGCAAUUGCCCCAGUCGAGAUUAUUGAGAAUCAUGAUGAGUCUAGAAUCAAUGAUUCGAUGGAUGAAAUAACCGCGAAUUCGUCUUCGCCUGUCAAACGAAAGAGAGGAAGACCAGCCGGGAGAAAGUCUUCGGGCUUGAGUCCCGAGAAAACCAACACUGAAGAAGUUGCCAGACAUGAUUCGAGUAACGUUUCAGUGAUUAUACCUGGAGAUAUUGAAAUGGAACAAGCUACGCCUAGUCACAAAUCUACUGGAAAGUAUAUUGCUAUCCCAUCUUCAUCCGUCAAGGGAAAGAGGGGAAGACCUGCAGGACGUAAAUCUUCUGGGGUUGAAGCAGAAAAUACAGAACCUGACGAGUUAUCGUACGAGGCUUCACCAUUGCCUCACAAUCAUGUUGAUGUACAAGUCACCCCAUCCGAGGAAGCAAGUGAUGAUUCAGAUGAAAGCUCGUCUGUACGACCGAAUAAAAAGGGUCGACCUGGUCGAAAGACAUCAGAACUGAAUCCCGAGAAAACACACGUCAACGAAGCUGUCAACGAAAGCUCUGGAAUUGUUACAACGGAAGAAACCUCAGAGAGCAUCGCGAAGGAGUCUAUAGGCGAUGUUCAUUUCAUUGAUGAACUAGCUGAUCUCGAUUCCUCACCAGUGAAGAGAAAGAGGGGAAGACCUGCUAGCCGAAAGGUGUCUCGACUAAGUCCGGAAAAGAUAACUGUUGACGAUGCUCCAAACAUUCCAAAGAAGGCUAUUACUGAUGCUAGUGUCGGUGAGCCAGUAUCUGAGACGCAAUCACUUGAUGAGCCGCAAGAUUCUGCCAACACAUUACCCGAAAAGAAAAAGAGAGGUAGACCGGUUAGUCGUAAGGUCUCCGCAGUGACUGAUCCAAACAAGGGGCCCAUUAAACCUCCAGAAGCAAGUCAAAUGGUCAUUGCAUUACAAGAGACUGUAGCCGCAAGAAGUGAUCAACCAGUUGUGAUCAGUUCUUCGCCAGAGAAAAGAAAAAGAGGCAGACCUUCCAGUCACAACUCUUCUAGUGUUAUUACCGCGAACAAGGGUAUCAUUGGAACUGCCGAAGCAAGUUCCAGCAAUGCUGCUACAAAAGCUUCCGACAAAGUUGUGGAUCCCGAUAUCAACGAAUCUGCACCUGAUCCUAGCCUACUGGCCAACGCUUCACCCGAGAAGAGAAAAAGAGGUCGACCUGCUCGCAAAGAUUCUAGCUUGAAUCUCAGGAAUGGUACCGUGAAGGGUAUUUCGAAUGAUGUUAGUAGUGGUGGUAAGAAUGUCCCGACCGAGAUUGUUGACUCAGAUGAGGAAGAAGACGCGCUACUCAAUGAAUCGCCGCCUUCAAAAAAGGUUAGGCCAGAACCAAGAAUGAGAGGCCGACCACCUGGAACUAAAGACUUGGGUGCCAGUACUGAAGACACAAAAUCUGGCGAAGAAGAUUCGACAGGAGUAUUGAGCAGCAGGGCUAAGAGUGGUGGGACGAAUCAGGUAGUUACACAGAUUGAGGAAAAACCACCUGCAUCAGAGAAGAAGAAACGAGGUCGACCCUCCGCAGCUAAACCUAGGCGAAUUAGUAAUAGCGAUUCUGAUGUUGCAGACGAAGAGCAACAAAUAACCGACAAAUUUGAGCUUCGUAGCAUUGAAAGUGAGGACCUUGACGAAGAAGCAGAAGAGGCUAACGAGCAAGAAGAGCCGGUGGUUGAGAAGAAGAAAAGGGGAAGACCAAGCUUACUCAAGAACAAAGGGAAGCAGACUGCAAAAGCUUCAGAGCCCGUAGAUCAAGAUGUCACUAUCAACGAAAAGAUAUCUACCGCUGGUGGUACUAAAAACAAAGUAUCCGGAAGUCAAGUAUCAACAUUGUCAAAUACUCCCUCCUCCCAACGCCAAGAUGCGUUUUUAGCCGAGAUCAAAGCGCUGAAACUUACAUCAAUCCAAACACGCAACGCGAAUCUCAAAGCAGAAAUUGCACAAAAACAGGAGAAAAUACAGCAAAUCACGGAAGGAUUGGAGAAACCGGCGAAGCAAACGGUCAAGCGACAUAUUAGGUUGUUGCAUGAUUAUAAUGAUAUCAAGGAUGUGGGACAGGGGCUGCUGGGUAUGAUUGCCGAUAAUAGGGGUGUGAGGGUUGGGGAAAUGUAUGAGGAAUUUGGGUUGGGGAUUGCGGAUUAG